ACGGCCACACCUACCUACCUUCCCUUCCAGAUCAGAUCAGAGACACAUAGCAGAGCAGAUAACCAACUCGAGGGAGAUGUCGUGCUGCGGAGGCAACUGCGGGUGCGGAUCCGGCUGCAAGUGCGGCAACGGCUGCGGAGGGUGCAAGAUGUACCCUGGGAUGGACGAGGGGGUGAGCACCACCGCCACCUCCUCCCAGGCCCUCGUCAUGGGAGUGGCGCCCUCCAAGGGCAACGGGCCCUCGUUCGAGGCCGCCGCCGCCGAGAACGGCGGGUGCAAGUGCGGCCCCAACUGCACCUGCAACCCGUGCACCUGCAAGUGAUCAGUCGAAUCAACACAUGGAGACGGCAUGGAUGGAUGGACGGACCUGACGAAGGAGCACUACAGUACGAGUAGUAGUAGCCAUCCAUGAAUCGCGAGUGUGUGUUUCGUUUUUAAUUGCCACCUACUAGAAUAAGACGGGAUCUAUCGUAUCGUAAUCGUAUCGAGCUAGUCAACGGAUUAUGUGUACGUACCCCUUGUGGCUUGUACGGUGUUUUGUGUUGUGUUGUCAUGUGCUUCUCCUACCGCUUUAGUUCCGUCCUCGUGUGCCUUCCCCGUCUUAUCUACAUAUAUAUACUCCUGUGUAUGUAGACAAUAAUAAUUUGGAGUUUCUGUCUUUUUCUUUUUUA